AGAGGAAAAGUGGGCGGGGGCUGGACGUUCUAUAAAAGCCCACCCCGGAGCACGUGACUCCUCUCCGACCGGCCGCCGCCGCGCCGCCAUCAUGGACACGAGUCGUGUGCAGCCCAUCAAGCUGGCCAGGGUCACCAAGGUGCUGGGUAGGACCGGCUCGCAGGGACAGUGCACGCAGGCCUGCCCUGCCGACUGGAACCCGAGAACCGACGCCGCCUUUAUCGCAGGGCCCCCGGAGGGUCCGAAUCUCCCCAAGACGCUGCCCAGGUGCGCGUGGAAUUCAUGGACGAUACGAGCCGUUCCAUCAUCCGCAACGUGAAAGGCCCCGUGCGCGAGGGCGACGUGCUCACCCUACUGGAAUCUGAACGAGAGGCUCGGAGGCUGCGCUGAUCUUGUGGCUGG